AUGGAAGCUUUAAAAGGCGCAGCAGUUGAAUACACAUCAGACGGCGAAAUAUCUGAACAAAUGUCAGGCACAGUAACACAUUCAUUACGUAAAUUAGGAAAACGAAAAGUAAACAUUUUGAUAAUGGGUCGUGGAAGUUCCGGGAAAACUAGCAUGCGGUCCAUAAUUUUUGACAACUUUGAACCCAUUGAUACCAAAAGAUUAUGUGCAACAAAUGAAGUUGAAACAACACACGUUCCAUUCCUCGGACAUAUGCUGUUCAACAUUAAGGAUUGUGGAGGACAAGAUAAAUUUGUUAACAAUUACUUUGACCAUAAACGAAAGCAUCUAUUUCGCAACAUUGAUGUUUUUGUUUACUUGUUUGAAGUUAAUAACCGCGACAAUGAAUUUGCAACAGAUCUGAAGCACUUCAAAUCACUCUUAAGUGCUAUUUGCGAAGGUUCUCCUUUUGUCAACGUGUUUUGUCUAAUGCAUAAAAUGGAUUUGAUAAAACCUGACCAGAGGGAAAAGUUGUUCAAAGAUCGUGAAAAUGAACUAAUCAACAUUUCCAAACCUGUAAAGAUUUCUUGCUUUAUGACAUCAAUUUGGGAUGAAUCAUUAUAUGGGAUUAAUAUCAAAUGUUCAGAUAUUGAAAAUACAUUGAAAUCAUUUGCCGAGGAAAUGGAAUGUGACGAGGUUAUACUAUUUGAACGGACUACUUCUCUUGUAAUAGCUAAAUAUUUACGCGUACCUCAUAACGACGUAAAUAGAACUCAAAAAGUUUCAAAAAUUAUAAAAAUCUUCAAAGCAAAAUUGGACCGAUACAGGAUAUCCCAUGACAUGUUUGAAAUUCGACAUUCGAGGUUAACAAUUUUCAUACAUAAAUUAACAUUUGAUACUUUUUUAAUGGUUGUGACAAGUCAUACAACCACAAAAUUGAUUCCAUUUAACAUCAAAAGCUUAAAAACACAUUUUUCGAAAUUAUUACAAGAUAGCUGCCAACAGCCAGAAACCAGCAAUCAUUUAUGA